AUGGAAGGAGCGUCCUUUGGAGCGGGCCGGGCGGGGGGGGCCAUCGACCCCGUGGAUUUCCUGAAGCAGCCCCAGACUCUCCUCCGGGUGACCACCUGGAUCUUCUCCAUCGUGGUGUUCGGCUCCAUCGUGAACGAGUGCUACGUGAACAAGGACAGCCAGCACCCCCAGCUGCUCUGCAUCUUCAACGAGAAUGAGAGUGCCUGCAGCUACGGCAUCGCCGUGGGCGUCAUCGCCUUCUUCGGCUGCAUCUUCUUCUUCGUGGUGGAUCUGUACUUCCAGCAGAUCAGCAGCGUCAAGGAUCGCAAACGGGCCGUGCUGCUGGACCUGGGAUUUUCAGGUUUCCUGGCUUUCCUGUGGUUUGUAGCCUUCUGCUUCCUGGCAAACCAGUGGCAGAGGACGACGCUGACCAGGGGCUUCUCGCAGGGCGUGGACGCGGCGCGGGCAGCCAUCACCUUCUCCUUCUUCUCCAUCAUCAUCUGGGUGGUGCUGGCUCUGCGGGCACUGCAGCGGUACCGCCUGGGCACGGACAUGUCCCUGUUCGCCACCGAGCAGUUCGGCACCGACCCCGGCGCGUCCUACCCCGCUUAUCCCGGCGGCAGCAGCGGCGUGGAGAGCACGGAGACCUACCAGAGCCCCCCGUUCACCGAGACCUUAGAGCCCAACCCCAAAGGUUACCAAGUGCCAGCGUACUGA